CGCUGCUUCCAGUUGUCUGAGGCUGCGAGGCGGCCACCGCGUCUGGAGCGAAGCUGAGGGGCUGCCCCGGCCCUGAGCGCCCGUCACCGCCUCCCGGCUCCCUGUGGUGCCAGGUCAUUGAGCUUUGACCAUUUGGGACACUCCUGAACCCAAGGAACUAUGACCUCAGAGCAGCACACACACUUGCCCCAUGCAUGCAAAAUUUGCCAUGCUUCCCCAGCUGCAGAACACGAUUCAUCAGGUGGCACCGCCACUGCAUGGCUGAGAGUCAGUCUAUUGCUCCACGCGGCCCAGUACAGGACUGGGGUCAGGCCCCAGAAAGCUGGCCAGCAGGGAUGGCUGAGAAGUCUCUCAGGAGCACAGAUUGCUUUUUACUCCUGGAUGAAGUGUUUUGAAGGCAGGAAAGUCAGCCCCUGCAUUUCUUCUUUCAAUGUCAUCAAGAAGGGGCUUGUGGGCUCCAUGAAGGCCUUGCAGAAGCAGUACGUGUCCUGGGACGCGGUGGUGACAAGUGAGGAAACUGAUGCCAACACCGUGUACAGUGCCCUGGAGGCCAUAUUCAUCCAUUGUCUGCACACCAAGCACAUCCUCGCCAAGGAGGGAGACAAAAGGAAGAAGCGUGCCCAACGGAAGCACUCGCCGCAGCCUGCCUUUUGGACCCUCCUGAAAGCUGUCACCGACAAAAUUCUCGGUCAUAAUCCUCUAACAACUAUUGAAGAUUCAUAUCUUUUUCAAUUGCCAGCAUUAAAAUAUCUAGACAUGGGAGCAACACAAGUGUAACUUGGACCAGUCCAAAACAGCCUCAUGAUGACUCUUGAAUUGGAAAAACUGUAAGCUGAUUUUUCUGACAUUUAUUUUCACUUCGCUUUUUUAAGGCUUUUCAUUUUUGUUUCCUCUCUAUUUUUAAAUGUAGGAGUACUGCUAUUUAUUCAGCCACUAAUUAAGCUAAUUCAAUUUGGCAUGAACUCCACAUUAUUAUUUUUUAUUCAGGAUGUUAAUUUAAUUUAAUUUUUAAAAUUUUUUUAAAUUACCGUAAC